AUGUAUUUAUAUACAAGUUCUCGUGAAGUUCGUCAAUGUGCAUUACGUAAUAUAAUUCGUUUAUGUAAAAUUGAAACAUUAGCAUGUGAUAUAAGAGCUGUUAUUCAUCAAAUAUUAAUAAAAGCUCGAUUACCAUUAUGGCCAUCAAGUGCAACAACUCGUAGUUCAAAUCAAAAAUUAUUAUCACAAUCAAUUGAAUAUUUUGAUUUACGUUGUCAAUUAACAGAAAAUUUAACAAAACAAAUGCAAACAACACUUAAUAUAAAUUCAAAACAAAUUUUAACUAAUGAAUUUAAUUGGUUAUCAUCAUAUACAGUAUCAACAACAUCAAAUGAAUUACGUACAAUUGAUAAUAUUUUAUUUAUGGGUCAUUUAAGAUUUAUUCGUACAUUAUUAACAUGUGAAAAUAUAAAUAAAAUUGAAUUUGGUAUUGAUUUUAUACGUUUAAUUAUUGAUCAAUUUUUAUUUCCUGCAUCAAAACGUAUGUCAUCACCAAUUGUACAAACAAAUAAUGAAAAUGAUUCAUUAGAUGAUUCUGUACCUGAACCAAAAUGUUCAACAAGUGAAAGUCGUUUAGCUGCAUAUGAUGUACUUGUUGAAUUAGUUCGAAAUUGUCGUACAAAUUUAAGACUUGUUAUUGAUGAUCUUAUUAAUCUUCAUCAUAGACCUAUACUUGAAAAACAAACUGAAUGGGAGUUCAUGCCGCAAGUUAAUCCUCGUGCACAUUGUGGAUUAGUUGGACUUUAUAAUGGUGGUGCAACAUGUUAUAUGAAUUCAAUUCUUCAACAAUUAUAUAUGUUACCACAAAUAUCUGAACAUAUAUUAAGUGUUCCUGAUGAUCUUGAUAAUACAAAUGGAACAAAUAAAACAGGUGAUUCAAGUUUAUUUUAUCAACUUCAACAAGUAUUUGGUCAUUUAAUGGAAAGUAAAAUGCAAUAUUAUUCACCUGAAUCAUUAUGGAAAGUAUUUCGUUUAUGGGGACAAGAAAUAAAUAUUCGUGAACAACAAGAUGCAUUUGAUUUUUUUACAGCAAUGACUGAUCAAAUAGAUGAAUAUUUGAAAACUAUGAAACAAGAAGAAAUAUUUCAUAAACAAUUUGAAGGAAUUUUUUGUAAUCAAAUGAUAUGUACAAAUGGUUGUCGUCAUCGUUAUGAAGGUGAAGAAAGAUUUAUGGCAUUAAAUGUUGCUGUUAAAGUUGAUUCACUUAAUGAAUCAUUAAAUCAAUUUGUUAAAGGUGAAGUUCUCGAUGGAAAUAAUGCUUAUUUUUGUGCUAAAUGUCAAGAAAAACGAACAACAAUUAAAAGAUUAUGUAUUAAAAAAUUACCACCAUUAUUAUGUAUACAAAUGAAACGUUUUGGAUUUGAUUGGGAAAAUAAUCGUGCAUUAAAAUUUGAUGAUUAUUUUAAAUUUCCUUUAGUACUUAAUAUGGAACCAUAUACAUUAGAUGGUGUUAAUAAACGUGAAAGUUUUGUAGCAUAUGAUGAUAUAACUGAUAGUACAAAUAAUGAUUCAUUAAUUAAUAAUGCAACAACAACUACAAAUGAUAGUAAAUUUGUACCUCGUUCGUUAAAUAAUGUAUCAAGUAAUAUGCCAACAAUAAAUUAUGAAUUAAUUGGUAUUGUUAUUCAUUCUGGUCAAGCUAAUGCUGGUCAUUAUUAUUCAUUUAUAAAAGAUAUACGUCGUCGUCAUUCAAAUCAUACAAAUCAAUGGUAUCGUUUUAAUGAUACAUCUGUUGAAGAAAUACAAUUAACUGAACAAAUGCUUGAAGAAGAAUGUUUUGGUGGAACAUUUCGUGUACAAAAAGAUAAUAAUAAUUCAAGUGAAGAACGUACACGUUUUUGGAAUGCAUAUAUGCUUAUAUAUCAAUGUAUUGAACCAUCAAAAUUACUUCCACCACCACCACCUGUAUCAUCAUCAUCACCAAAUACAAAUCGUUCAUCACGUCAUAUACCUGGUACAGCUGUUCGUAUAAAUCGUACAAAUCAACGUGAUUCAUUAUCUCAAUUAGCUGAUUUAGUUGUUCGUAGUGAAAAUAGUGAUUUAUUUCGAAUUGAAAAACCAUUAAUUCCAUCACAUGUAUUAUCUUGUGUUAAAGAUGAAAAUCUUGAAUUUUUAAAAAAUCGUGAUACAUAUUGUGAUGAUUAUUUUCAAUUUAUAUAUAAAUUAUCAAAAAUAUGUUUUGAUGAUAUUAAUAUACCAUAUGAUAUGGAAAUAAUUGAAAAUGAUAAUGAUGAAACAUCAUAUGAAUUAUGUACAAAAUUAGCAUUAAAUUUUUUAUUAAAUACACAUUUACGUACACAUCGUCGUUUACGUAAAGAUAAUUCACAACAAUGGAUACAAUUAUUAGGACGUUUAUUUACAAAAAAUUCAACAUCAUGUAUUAUUUUUUAUGAUUUAUUAUUUGAAAAAAAUGAUUAUGGAUUAAAAUUAUAUUUACUUGAUUGUCCUAUUGAUGAUAUACGUUAUAUAUUUGAACAAAUAUGUGAAAAUAUUUUACAAGCAACAUAUUCUCAUGUAUUAGAAAAACAUCAACAAAUACAAGAAACAAAUAUUAAUGAUAAUCAUGAAACAUUAAUUAUUAAUAUUGAUAAUAAAUUAUUAUUAUUAAUGAAAAAAUUUAUUGAACAAUUAAUUAAUUUAUUAGAUAAAUAUGUUGUUGAACAAGUUAAACAUUCACAAGGAUAUUUUCAAUUAAUUUAUUAUUAUAUAAAAAUAAAUAAAAAUUCUAUUGAUUAUUUAUUACAAUUAAAUACAUUUACACGUUUAAUAAAUUUUUUAUUAGGUGAAAAUAUUGAUACAAGACGAUGGAAUUCUGGACAAGCAAAAGAAUUUGGUAUUAUACAUGAAAUAAUUUCAACAUUAGCAUUAGCAUGUAAUUUAAAUAAAAAUAUAUUUAAUGAACAAGAUAUACAAUUAAAAAAUCAAAUGGAAAUGUAUUUUUAUGGUAAAUGGUCAAAUAGAUAUUUAAAAGAAAUAUGUUAUGCUUUUCAAGAAAUUUCACCAUCACAAUUAACAUGUACGGUACAAUUAAUGGAAAUAUUAGCACUUAAUAAUCAAACAUUUUCUGAACAACUUAUUAGAAUUAUAUUACAUUCAAUUACACAAGCACAUACUAAUGAUUUGAAAUCAUUAUUUAAAUUUCUUAGUUAUAUUUUAUUAGUCGAAGAUUCAUUACAAACAAAACGACUUCAAUUAGCAUUUGAAGGUACGAAUGAAUCUGGUAGUGGUGAUAAUUAUCAACAUAUUACUGGACUUUAUUCACUUAUUCGAACAAGUAUUGAAAGUGAACAACGACGAGCAUAUCAAACAGUUAAAUUUCUUAUUAAUCUAUCAAAUAGAAAUAGUGCAUGUAAAGAUUAUUUUUCUUCAACUGCUUUUCAAUGGGAAUUUGCUAUAAAUUGGCUUAAACAACAAAUGCAAACAUCAUGGCAAUGGUCACCAGCACAAAAUGUAUCAAAUGAAGAUACUGAUACACGUUCAUUUCAACGUACACGUAGUGCACAAUUUACAUUAGAACAAGCUCAAUCACUUUUACAACAAACAACAAUAUCAAAUAAUGAUACAUCAACAAACGAAUUAAUGGAAUUAAAUGAUACUCAAAGUCAAUCUUCAUCACAAUCAACACUUGCUGGUAUUGAUUAA